CUACCUUUGGAGUAUCUUGAUUUUGCCAUAUUGACAAUACUGACAUAUUGACAAAACAUUUUCUUUUGAAGGUACCUGUCUGUCAUGGGGUUCAUCAUCAACAUUGAUACCCUCAUGUUGUUGAUUCCUGAGCUGCUACAAUUUCAGCGAUAUGUCUGCACCUAUCGAUUUAGCCAGGAUCACUUGGAGCUCCUCUUCAAUUCUAUCAGGGCAUCAGGAGGCUGGAAUAACAAUCCUACUGCAGGCCAGUUCCAGGGCAUUUUCCGCCAUCUCAUGGUCCGGUGCGGUGUCUCACCAAGCAUUUCAGGAAAUGUGGUAGAACAGAAUGAGACCGUGUCCCUAUCGGCUGUUGAGAUGUCGUCGACUCUAGCAACAGAAGAAUCUGAAGACAUUCCAUCCCCUUUUGUAAACAUCUCUGCACUUGUGUGUGACCACAACUACCUGCCAACCCGUCUUGGGAGCCUUGUGGACAAUGCCCUUGUGUACAUUUCAGGGUUUGUUGUUCGUCAGAUUUUGAGGAAGCUGUCCUGUGAUGUGUGUCGUGCUAGCUUGGUGACAGAUGCUGUAUCUGCGUCAUUUGAUCAGAGCUACCACUUGCUUACACUGAAAAACAAUGGAGGACUGAUGAUUCCUUCUGAAGGUACAAUGAAGGUGGUCAGAUCAGCUGAGAGGUUUAUUCGCCAGUCAUCCUCAUUAUAUAGCUUUUAG